UCAGAAAGAAGGUUAUAACUUGCAUGCCCUGCUAAAAAUCAACGAACUGUGAUCACACCAUUGCACUCCAGCCUGGGCAAUAGAGUGAGACCCUGUUUCAAAAAAAAAAAAAAAGUCUUCCAGGACUUCAAUAGCUCAGGACAAAGGAGCAGGGACAGUCCAUUGAGUGAGGAAGACAACGGUGCCCUCUCUAGCAAUUCGGAGCAAGUCUGGCUGAAAUGCAAAUACCCAAACAGCAAGACGCAGUAGCUCGUUUAGAUAAUCCGUGCUUAGAACAGGUCAGGUAGGUUCUGCAGGGCCCCGUUACCCAGGGCUUCCGCUGUCAAUCAGGACCGAGGGGACGGUGACUGGAGGCUCAUCCAAUCAGGGGCGCUGGGGCGGGGUCCUGCCAACUGUCCAUCCGGGGAAGGGGAGGCCGCGUUCCCUCUCCUGACUCCGGGGCGUCUUGCACCGAGGGGAGGUCGGGAUCUCGGCUUUCCGGCCCCGAGAGGGCCCAGGUGCCUCCGCCAUAGCUUCUGUCGCUCGGUCGCCUGCGAAGUGAGUGGACUGUUCGAGGGAUCCGUGGAGAGGAGGCCAGGACACCUGGUAGCUGUGAAAUGAACAGGAGUUUGAAAAAAUAUAUAUAUAUAGAGUUCACUUGAGCAAACAGCGAUUCCUGAAUGAGAAACACCCAGUCAUGGCUUGUGGUUUAAUAACGGAAAAACCAAAACUCCCUGCAAAAUAACUUGAACUAUAUUCUACGCCGAAUAUGAGAGAACAUGACCAAGGGAAACAACCCUCUGAAGCCUCCAAUGUUUCAGGAUUCAGUGGCCUUUGAGGAUGUAGAUGUGAACUUCACCCAGGAUGAGUGGGCCUUGCUGGAUCCUUCCCAGAAGAAUCUCUACAGAGAUGUAAUGCAGGAGACGUUCAGGAACCUGGCUUCUGUAGGUAAAAAAUGGAAAGAUCAGAAAAUUGAAGAUGAGUACAAAAAUCCCAGGAGUAACCUAAGAGGUCUUAUGGGAGAGAGACUCUUGGAAAGUAAAACAGGUCAUCAGCUUGGAGAAAUUUUGACCCAGGUUCCAGAUGACAUGCUGAAGAAGAAAACUCCUCUUCGAGUAAAAUCACGUGGAGAAGUCAGCAUGGGUCAUGCAUCCCUUAGAAGGCACCUCAGAGCUGACACUGGACACAAGCCAUAUGAGUAUCAGGAAUACGGACAGAAGCCAUAUAAAUGUACAUACUGUAAGAAAGCCUUCAGUGAUCUCCCCUACUUUCGAACACACGAAUGGGCUCACACUGGAGGGAAACCUUAUGACUGUGAGGAAUGUGGAAAAAGCUUUAUUUCCCGUUCAAGCAUUCGAAGACACAGGAUAAUGCACAGUGGAGAUGGACCCUAUAAAUGUAACUUUUGUGGGAAAGCCUUGAUGUGCCUCAGUUUGUAUCUUAUCCACAAACGAACUCACACUGGAGAGAAACCAUAUGAAUGUAAACAAUGUGGUAAAGCCUUUAGUCAUUCUGGUAGUCUUCGAAUACAUGAAAGAACACACACUGGGGAGAAGCCCUAUGAAUGCGGUGAAUGUGGGAAAGCAUUCCAUAGUUCCACAUGCCUUCAUGCACAUAAAAUAACUCACACUGGGGAGAAGCCGUAUGAAUGUAAACAGUGUGGCAAAGCCUUUGUUUCUUUCAAUUCCGUUCGAUAUCAUGAAAGGACUCACACUGGAGAGAAACCCUACGAAUGUAAGCAAUGUGGGAAAGCCUUCAGAUCUGCCUCACACCUUCGAACACAUGGAAGGACACAUACUGGAGAGAAACCUUAUGCAUGUAAGCAAUGUGGGAAAAGCUUUGGAUGUGCCUCGAGUCUUAAAAUGCAUGAAAGGACUCACACUGGAGAAAAACCCUGUAGUUCCAGCAAUUUGGAAGGCCGAGGCGAGAAGAUCGCUUAAUUCACAUAAGAUUCCUUGAAGCCACAGAAUCCAAUCACGGCAAAAAUGUGUUUCCCUCAAAUAAUAGGAACCAUCAGAAAAUGAUUCUGAAGCUUCUGCAGUCACUGUCAUCUGACAGCAUCACAAAUAAAUGCCAGUAACCCAAGAACAAAAAGUUUUGGGGGUCAGUUUAGCUGACACCUCACUCUGAGACCUAGGACACAGAGUUGGAAAUAACUCUUAAGAGAGACACAGUGCAAACAGGCACAGUAGCUCAUGCCUAUAAUCUCAGUAUUUGGGGAGGCUGAGGUGGGUGGAUCACGAGGUCAGGAAUUUGAGACCAGCCUGGCCAACAUGGUGAAACCCCAUCUCUACUAAAAAUACAAAAAAAUUAGCUGGGUGUGGUGGCACAGACCUGUAAUCCCAGCUACUCAGGAGGCUGAGGCAAGAGAAGCACUUGAACCUGGGAUACAAAAGGUUGCAGUGAGCAGAGAUCACACCACUGCCCUACAGCCUGGGAGACAGAGUGAGACUCUGUCUCAAAAAAAAAAAAAAAAAAAAAAGUCAUGCCUCCAGUAAGACCUUAAGACAGUUCUGUCAUUAAAAAAAAGAAAAAUAGGAGAUUUAGCUGGACACAAUGGCUCACUCCUGUAAUCCCAGUACUUUGAGAGGCCAAGGCAGGCAGAUCACAUGGUCAGGAGUUCGAGACCAGCCUGGUGAAGCCCCAUCUCUACCAAGAAAUACAAAAAUUAGCCGGAUGUGGUGACAUGCAGCAGUAGUCCCAGCUACUCGGGAGGCUGAGGCAGGAGAAUUGCUUGAACUCAGGAGGUAAAGGUUGCAGUGAGCUCUGAUUGUGCCACUGUACUCCAGCCUGGGUGACAGAGUGAGACUCCACCUCAAAAAAAAAAACAAAAAAACCACCAGGUUAGCCCAGCAAAGUGGCAGGUGUAUAUAUACAGAAAAGUCUGUUCCCUCUUAUUGAGAGCCCAAUACCUAAGCAGCAAGAGUUUCACUUUAAGAAACUCACUAAAGGGAUAAUUGAGGUACCACUGUCAGACUCACUGCCUCAGAAAGACUUUAAUCAAAACAAAAUGCUAAGUUCCUAAUCAUAAAUAUCCCUAAAAUAUCCUAUCCCCUAUUACAGGAUAUUAAUAAAUGGUUGGCUAUUGAGUACACUACAUAUUUUAUACCAUUCUUUCUCAUGAGUUUUUAUUUAUUUGGUUUUUUUUUGAGAUGGAGUCUCGGUCUGUCACUGAGAGUGGAGUGCAGUGGCACAUUCUUGGCUCACAGCAACCUCUGCCUCCUGGGUUCCAGUGAUUCUCCUGCCUCAGCCUCCCAAGUAGCUGGUUUACAGGCAUGAGCCACCAUCCCCAGCCUCUAAUCUUUUUUUAUUUUUUGUAUUUUUGAGAUAGUCUCACUCUGUUGCCCAGGCUGAAAUGUGGUGGUGUGAUCUUGGCUCACUGCAGCUUCCACCUCCUGGCUUCAAGCACUUCUGCCUCAGCCUCCCAGGUAGCUGGGAUUACAGGUGCCCACCACCACUCCAGGCUAUUUUUUUAUAUUUUUUAGUAGAGACAGGAUUUCACCAUGUUGGCCGGCCUGGUCUCGAACUCCUGACCUCAAGUGAUACACCUGCCUCAGCCUCCCAAAGUGGUGGGAUUACAAGCCUGAGCCACUGCACCAGGCCUAAUCUCUUUUUAAAGUACUUUUUUCUUUCAUGAAUGUCUUAAAUGAAACCUUUUUUUUUUUUUGAGACGGAGUUUCACUCUUGUUGGCCAGGCUGGAGUUCAGUGGUACAACUCGGCUUACCGCCACCUUGGCCUACCAGGUUCAAGUGAUUCUCCUGCCUCAGCCUCCCAAGUAGAUGGGAUUGCAGGCAUGCGCUACCGUGCCCGGCUAAUUUUAUAUUUUUAGUAGAGACAGGGUUUUGCCACGUUGGCCAGGCUGGUCUCAAACUCCCAACUGGGUGAUCUGCCUGCCUUGGCCUCCCAAAGUGCUGGGAUUACAGGCAUGAGUUACUGUGCCCAGCCUGAAAACCGUUUUUCUAAUCACAAAUAUUUUUCUUUUUUAUUUUAUCUAUUUUUUUAGAGAUUUGGUCUUGCUGUGUGGACCCAGCUGGAGUGCAGUGGCAUUCAUAGGUGUCAUCUUAGUGCACUAGAACUUCAAAUACCUGGGCUCACAGUCCUACCUCACCCUGCCAAGUAGCUGUCACUACAUGUGCCAGCUGCUCUGCCUGGCUUCCACUUUUUUUUUUUUAAUCUUUAAUCAGUUCCCUUUAAAGACCAAAGAAAACCUUUCCUCUUGUGUGGCCUGAGUUAUCUAUGAACAGUAUUCACUGUGACCCAGGAAAUCCCACAAAGUCAUGCAUGUUAGAAGGAUGAAACCCUCAUGUGCACUGUAAGGCCUCCUGUGAAGGUGCUCAGGCCAUCACAGGUAUGACUAAAUGAAAAGCCACCAAGUAUCUGAAAUAUUUUCUUUUACAGAAAUUAUAUGUACCAUUGCAACCUUAGAAGGUGGAGUUGGUAGCUGUACCCAAGACAACCAACAUUGGGGCUGGACUCGGCAUCAGUGGCCCGGAAGAGGUACUGGAAUUUGCUUAAAAAUGAAGAGUUAUGCUGCAUUUAAGGGUAUAGAUGUAGAUUCCCUGGUUAUUGAGCACAACCAGGAGGAUCAAAGCACCCAUUAAUGUAUCACUUGACUUACAGAACUCAUGGGCAGAUGAACCCAUCCAGACUCCUGCGAUAUCCAGAUGACGCUUAGUGAAAAGAAACAUUGUUCCAAAAGCAGAAAAGGAGAGGACUGCAUGGAAGAAAACAUACCCUACAAGAAGCAUAAACCUUGAGACAAAUAAAUUCAGCAAAAGAAAAUGCAAAUAAAAGUUAAAAAAAAACUUUAAAAUUCAUAAAACACAAAAUGAUACACUCUGUUAUAAAGUAUGCCUCUAUGAUAGCUCUCCAAUAAAAGUUGGCUAUAAUAGGUGAAAUGAAGAUAGCUGUUGGUGACCAGCAGAUUCUGGGUCUAUGAUAAGUCAGAGAAGGAUGCUUUUCACUUUCUUUUACAUUUUUUUAAUGCCUGAUGUUGACUUGGUAGAAAGAUAAUAAAUUCUUCUGUCUAUG